AUGGAAUCUAAUACAAGGGAGUCUUUGAAACGCAGAGACAAGGUUCUGCAAAUGGGGCUGGCUUGUCUAUUUUCCAUGAGUGAGGCUGAAGACAUGUGGCCCUUUUCAAACAAGAAAUACGACUUUCCAGUAUCUUGUCGGUCCACUGAAUUUGAGGGGAGAGAAAGAAAAGAGUCUUGGAAGGACAAUUUAGACGUGUUUUUGAAAAUAGAAGAACAGCGUAGUUCGAGAGAGGUGCUAAGCUUCCACCAUGAGCACCAACUUUGGAAAGAAAUGUGCGCUUUGGACGAGAUUGAAUCACAAGAUAAAAUUCGAAAAUGUCGGUGA